UAAGGCCGAGGCCUACCAACUUAGUAUUAUUGAACACCAGCGGCUUGUUUGUGGUGUUUUAUUUUCCUCUUCUGGGUCUCCCUCAGACAACAAAGACGUGGUAGGAAUAUUAUAACGGAUCCACAGGGAGCCUCACAGCUGUUAUGUGGACUGUGGAGGAGUCUUGAGAUGUGUAGAGGAUCCCCAUCUCAAGGUCACUAUCCUCAUCUUAAGGUCAACUCACCAGGCUGAGAGAGACUACACUGAUAACACAGGUAUCUACUCGACAUCUAAACAAAGAAUCUACAAUAAUGUCCACAUGGUGCAUGGUGUUGGGAUUGAAGUACCUAGUAACUUCUUACACUUCAGCGGACAGUCUUAGGAAAAUACUGUUGGAACAACUACUUUAUUGAGACAGAAGACUUUGGAGUCACUCUUCCCGUUGAGUAAGAGAGCAUUUGGUUACACCUCUUCGUCACAUCUUAACGCUACGGAGGAGACGAAGGCAUCCAUCUCAAGACCAGAUGCUCUUGGCAUGUCUGCAUUCCACCUCAACACUCAAGAGACCAUUGAGAGCGGAGAAAACAUUUGAAGUUGUGGUCCCGUUACUGGUGACGACUGCAACUUAUUUGAGUGACUUGUUACUUGAGCCACUUAGAUUGGAUCAGCCCUGAAAAUGAAUGCCCCAUUCGCUAACCCCCUUGAGAAAAGCUCCUUCAAGACAACGUCCUCUAUCAGCUACGUAGCACCAGGCUCUAUCAUGUCUGCCCGUCGUGAGAAGUGCACUGCACAGCAGAGGAUGUUUGCUGAACCAGGGGUGCCCGAUAUUCUCCAAAAGAAAGACCAAGGUGGUGAGUUCUCAACCUCCUCUUUACUCAGUGAAGGAGUAGAGGAGAAAGAAGACAAAGCUCCACUGCUCAAGUCUCAUUCUUGCGAGGAGAAAAUUUCCACCACUACGUCUGAGAAAACCUCCUUAAGGUCCUCCCAAUCAAUGCCUUUAAGACGCUCUUCAUCCGACUUGCAGAACCUCCAAGACAAUACUGACAAAUUAGAACGACCACAAAAGAGGUCUAAACCCCAAAACAUCCCUUCUGGCAUUCUCAAUUUACCGAGCUUUGAACAAGCCGUGGAGGGAGAGACAAUGGCUAGGUGCAUUGCCGAGAUGGCCCGCCACGUUGACACCAAGGCAAAAGCUGCUGAGAAGAGCCGUCAGUACACAUACAACUUAGCUCACGGCUUUAGCCUGCGAGACCCGAUCAAGUAUGUCUCUGGCUCGCCAGGUCGUGCUGAUUCUCCUAGAUCACUUUAUUACAUACAGAGUCCUCCUCCAAGCUCUCAUCCAAAACCUGCUCUGAAAAGACACCUCGAUGUACGCAGGCAGAUGAGCGCACCUGUUGUUGGAAAGAACCCCCCACCACCGAAACCUCCACGAAGGCAUCGUUCAAUCACAACAGACUCUCCCGACUUCUUGACCAUGUCAAACCAAGAAAGCGGACAAACUCCUGCAUCCAGGAUGCAUCAGUAUGAAAGGCUUAACUCUGAUUUGUGUGGCAUGCCAGCAGUAGAGAGCAGUGAAAGUGAUGGUCAACUUGAAGUUCCACCACCCAAAAGAAAUUCUACUGAGGGGUACAGAAUGCAGAAUAUUAAAAGUCCCAGGCAUUCCACCAAUCUCAAAGGUACCACCACAACCGAAAGCAGGAAACUAUCUGAUCAAGGCAACAGCUCACCGCAACAAAUGAGAAAGUUGAGCAAUCUGAACAGCUCGGCAGAAAGCCUCAACUCAGAUAAUCGGAAACUACUUCAAUCCGUGACGACCUGUAGACCGAGGCUGUUGCACCAGUUCUCAGAGCCGGCCUACAAACCGCAAAGUCAGGAGAGCAUCCAACUCCCAGCGGUUGCAAAAAGCAGGAAGGUGUCCACUGAGGAACGUUUCAACCCUCCGCGGUCACACUGCACGAAACUACAGAUGCCCAAAUCAAGAAGUCAGGAGUUGAUGAUAUCAUCGCCCGUCCUACAGCAGAGCUUCAGAACAUUGAGCCCAAGUCAAAACGCAAGCAACAAUAAGAGUGAAAGUCAGACACUAUCCAAGAUCCCUAUCCCUAAAUCUCUGGCGUUAUCUGCCUCACACAACGGAGAAGUCAAGGAGCCCAAAAGUGCACCAGUUAAGCCGCUGCGUUUCAACAACGCAGCUUUCAUGUUUGCAGCACGCGAGACUCACUCGGCUCCAGCGACUCCUGUCGAUAUACCAACAAAGAAACUGAGUAUGUUACCAUCCAAAAUACCGGUAUCUGGCGGUUUCUUUCCUCCCUCAUCGAAAGGAUCUUAUGUCAAACAGGCGGCAACACCUUACAAUAAAUCUGUGGAUAGUGCUGAGUCCAAGAAAUGUGCCAGUACUGGUGGCAUGGAUAAAGUAAAAGACUUUCCUGGGCGUUCUUACUCCUUAUCAAUCCCAAGCACUAGUGAUGGUCAUCUUACCACUGAUUCGAAGAUGAAAGCAAAUAAGGGAAUCGUCAAGAAAUUUACUCCAUCGCAGAAUUUUAUGAGUCGCACAAACAGUCAUUACACCUCAUUGAAACCUUGUCAUAGAUCGUCCAGAUCACAAAGCAUGGAAGACAUCUUUGAUUCAGCACCACAAAAUGAAAAAAGCAACCCUGGAGAUACUGACGGUGGGACGCUAAAAGCAGACGGGACCUACAAUACGGUUUGUAAAAGCAACAGCGGCUCUGGAUUCGCGCGCUACCUCACCCAGAUGUCCAAAUACGCCGGAGGGAAAACAGGCAAGGCCGACUUGCAAGAUGUGGCUAAUAGAUCGAGAGCUUCGCUUCCAAAUCGCUACAAGAGAAGUGAAUCGUGGGAGGGUGGGGUGAAGGAACCCUUGCUUACAGACCCCCCACAAUCUCCUAAACAGCUGAGUAUCGGCGGCAAACUGUGGGGGUUCACAAAAAAGAGCCCCAUCACGACACGGAAAUACAAACCCAACAAAGUCGGCAGCCACUCUGAUAACUCUCCCGAGUUGUCGGCCGCGGCUUCUCGAUUUGGAUACAGUGGAGUCUCAAAGAUCCAGCCAGCGUCCACCAAAAGCCCUGCGAAGCCACAGAUGAAGAACAGUACAAAAUUUGAUGGAUUGAGACGUAUGAUUUCAAGGGAAUCGUUGGAGAAGCCGGUUGCCAGGAAGAGGAAUGGAAGCUUCUCAAAGAGCGCUGACUACUAUGGAGUGUGCAAGGCGUGUGGAUUCAUUGUGGCUGUUGGAGAAGAGGUUAGCAUUCAAGACAAGAUCUACCACAAAGCUUGCUUCAAGUGUGUUAGGUGUGAGCAGUCGCUGUCGCUCAAGUACUAUCUCCAGAGGUAA